AUGUCAAAUAGUAAAGGAUCUACAAGUGAAUUUAAAAAAGGUGAUAAAGUUCAAUGGAAUUCAUUACAAGGUACAAUUGAAGGUGUUGUUGUUAAAAAAUUAACAUCUGAUAUGCAAAUCAAAGAUCAUCAUGUCAAAGCAUCUGAAGAUGAUCCACAAUAUCUUGUUAAAAGUGAUAAAACAGGUGCUGAAGCAGCACAUAAACCUGAUGCAUUAACAUUACUCGAUGAUGAUUAA